AUGAUUGUGGUGGUAAUAGUGGUGGUGAUGGUAGUGAUGGUGUUGGUGGUGGUUCUGAUAGCGUUGAUGUUGAUUGUGAUGAUUGUGGUGGUGGUAUUGUUGGUAGUGAUAACAGUGGUGGUGUUAGUGAUAGUGGUGGUUCUGAUAGCGUUGAUGUUGAUUGUGAUGAUUGUGGUGGUGGUAAUAGUGGUGGUGAUGGUAUUGUUGGUAGUGAUAACAGUGAUGGUGGUGGUAGUGAUGGUGUUGAUGUUGAUUGUGAUGAUUGUGGUGGUGGUAAUAGUGGUGGUGAUGGUAUUGUUUUUGAUAACGUUGGUGGUGACGGUGAAGACAGCGUUGGUUGUGGUGAUGGUGGUGAUGAUAGCGUUUCUGGAGAUGAUAUGAUGACAUCAAUGGUGAUCGUGAUGUGCAUGUUGGUGAUAGUAACAGUGAUGAUGAUAACGAUGAUGUCAAUGGUGAUCGUGAUAUUAUUGAUGGUGAUACUAACAGUGAUGAUGAUGAUUGUAGCAGUGAUGAUGAUGAUAUCAAUGCUGAUAGAGAUGUUCAUAGUAAAAGUGAUGAUGGUGAUAUCGAUGUUGACAGUGAUGGUGAUGAUGGUGAUGAUGGUAAAGAUGAUAUUGAUGGUGAUCGUGGCUUUCACGAUUGUGAUAGUAACAGAGAUGAUGUUGAUGUCCGUGAUGGUAACAGUGAUGAUGAUAUUGAUGAUCGUGACGUUUGUGAUUGUGAUAGCAAUGGUGAUGAUGACAAUGGUGAUAGUGAUGUUGACGGAGAUGAUGUCGGUGAUGGUAACAGUGAUGAUGAUGUCAGCGGUGAUAGUGAUGUUCAUGAUGAUGGUGCUAGUAAGAGUGAUGAUGAUGGUGAUGAUGACGAUGGUGAUAGUGAUGUUGACGGAGAUGAUGUUGAUGUCCGUGAUGGUAACAGUGAUGAUGAUGUCGGCGGUGAUAGUGAUGUUCAUGAUGAUGGUGCUAGUAAUAGCGAUGAUGAUGAUGAUGAAAUCGUGAUUGUGAUAGUGAUGGUGACGAUGUUGACGGUGAUGCUAGCGGAGUCGGCGUUGGAGAAGCUGACGCGUGGACUGCGAGAUGAUUCGAAGGCGUUCAUCUACCACUGCCAGAACCACUACUUCUGUCCCAUCGGAUACGACGCCACUCCUCGGCCAGCGGCACACGCCUACCGGCGAGGGGAAUCCGCUCCGCUGGACUACUGGAUUCUCAUCGGAGAAACGAGCCGCAAGCACCCGGCCAUCCACUGCAAGAGGUGGGUUGACGUGGUCACGGACCUCAGCUGCCAGAGUCCCGAGUUUCUGGACAUCAGACGCACGGAGAAAGGCCUCCAGCAGAGAAAAACCAACAAGGUCGGGGGCAAUCUGCACUGCAUAAUGGCGUUCCAUCGACCCCACCAGCCGCCCCGGGGAAUCUGCCGGCCACUCGGCGUGCGCGGAGGCGGCUGCGGUUGCGGUUGUGGUGUCUGCUGCGAUGGUGGUGGUGGUGGUGGUGGCCGUGGCGGUGGUGGUGGCAACAGCAUAACCACACAACCACGUCCCGCCUCCCUCUCCUCUCCUCGACUUGCUACUGCUCCUCCGCCCGCUUCUCCUCCUCUUCCACAUUCCCCGACGUUCGUCUCCGGAGCGAACAGAGCGCGGCGCGCGACGGGAGCUGCCGUGAAUUCGAGUCCCCGUGGCAUCGCGGCGACGCGCCUGGGACGUUGACCACGGGGAGAUGGGACGCAGCGCCUCCGAGUAGCGCGGAUUGGCGAAAGAGGUUCAGCAUGCGUAUGUAGCGGACGCGCGCGUGUUGGCGCACAGCCUGGCGCAAGCGCCGUGGUGACGUCACCGCCACUUGGUGGCGAAUGGCGGUUGUUGUUGUUGUUAGCACGCAGCGGUGGUGGUGGUGCAGCGGUUAGCGCUACGCUGCGAAACGAACCCGGCGGCCCGGGUUCGAUUCCCGCUCGCGGCCGACGCCGGUGACGAUUAUCUGUACCGGUCCUGGGGCCUCCACUCAGUCGCCUCUAUGGUGUGUAAACAUUGCACUUGGGGUGGUGGUGUGUAGUCAACAUCGCCACUGGGGAGACAAAGGCGGCCGGGCGUGGUGGCGGCCACCCACCCCGUCGCGUGCCGCGCCGGCCUUCAUAGGUGAUGCUGUUAGCGAACGGCACUUGCCGCCAACUGUGUUGAGGCUAUACGGGGGAUCUUUGUCUUUUCGAAUUGGGUUUGUGUGCGUUUGUCAGUAUGUACGUGUGUGUGUUUAUACGUACAAAUGUACGUAAUUGUGCGUCCAUGAGUCUGUAUCCUUUUAUGUGUCUGUGUGUGUGUGUAUGCACACUUGCCAAGGUGGAUAUUUUUUUCGUGGUGUAGUGGUAAUUGAUUGAAGGUGGCACUGUUCACCACAGCGUUACCAAGUUGGCACAGUAGGGGGCACAGGUGGUGCAUCGGCCAGUCAUCUCAGUCGACUCACGGCACCUGGGUCUGCCCCGUGACCUACCGGCGGGCGUUCGACACUUCACGUGGCCUCAACGUGCACAUAGCCUGGCACAAGCGCCGUGGUGACGUCACCGCCACUUGGUGGUGAAUGGCGUUUGUUGUUGUGGUUGUGUACGUAUGUCAGUCGAACCAUGGCACCUGGGUCUGCCCCGUGACCUACCGGCGGGCGUUCGACACUUCACGUGGCCUCAACGUGCACAUAGCCUGGCACAAGCGCCGUGGUGACGUCACCGCCACUUGGUGGCGAAUGGCGGUUGUUGUUCUGUGUGUGUGUCUGUGUGUGUGUGUCUGUGUGUGUCUGUGUGUGUGUGUCUGUGUGUGUGUCUGUGUGUGUGUGUCUGUGUGUGUGUGUCUGUGUGUGUGUGUCUGUGUGUGUGUCUGUGUGUGUGUCUGUGUGUGUGUAUGUGUGUGUCUGUGUGUGUGUGUGUGUGUCUGUGUGUGUGUGUCUGUGUGUGUGUGUCUGUGUGUGUGUGUCUGUGUGUGUGUGUCUGUGUGUGUGUCUGUGUGUGUGUGUCUGUGUGUGUGUGAUGUGUGUGUGUGUCUGUGUGUGUGUGUGUCUGUGUGUGUGUGUCUGUGUGUGUGUGAUGUGUGUGUGUGUCUGUGUGUGUGUGUGUGUCUGUGUGUGUGUGUCUGUGUGUGUGUGAUGUGUGUGUGUGUCUGUGUGUGUGUGUGUGUCUGUGUGUGUGUGUCUGUGUGUGUGUGUAUGUGUGUGUCUGUGUGUGUGUGUCUGUGUGUAUGUGUGUGUGUCUGUGUGUGUGUGUCUGUGUGUAUGUGUGUGUCUGUGUGUGUGUGUCUGUGUGUGUGUAUGUGUGUGUGUGCGUGUGAAACAGUGGGGGAACACAACCCACGCGUGCGGUUACUAUGGAAGCGCAAUGCGGUUUUCGAGUCGUGUCUUUAAUGUACAUGGGUAUAUUUUUUAAUCGUAACAUUAGAGUAUUGUCAUUUUUUUUUAUUGCACGUGUGUAAUAUU